CCCACGGAGCCUUCACCUGCAGAGAACAGAGCAGACGUGACUGACUCACCUGCUGAGAAGACGAAGAAGGGAAUAAUUUGUUCAGUCAGUCUUUCAAUCAGUCAGUAGAGUAGGAAACUCAGUGAGUGGAUUUUACAUCAGUGAUUCACAGAUUCAGUGAAUCAGAUCCUACAUGUACUGUAGGUCAGAUAUUUGGCAGGUCAUUUGAACCAGGUGAUUCAAACAGAGAUUGAACGAACCAGGUGACCAGGUGAUUCAGAUAGAGACAAGGUGAGCAGUUGAACCAGUUGAAGCAGGUACCAGGUAAACCAGUUGAAGCAGGUACCAGGUAAACCAGUUGAAGCAGGUACCAGGUAAACCAGUUGAAGCAGGUACCAGGUAAACCAGUUGAAGCAGGUACCAGGUAAACCAGUUGAAGCAGGUACCAGGUAAACCAGUUGAAGCAGGUACCAGGUGAACCAGUAUAAGUAUGUCCAGUUUGUCCAGAGUGGUCCAGUUCUCUCUGCUGCUGGUCCUCCUUCUGGCUGUUAUGGGUCAGGACUGCGCUACUGCCCGGUCCAGGGCCCGGUCCAGGGCCCGAUCCAGGGCCAGGUCAGGCUGUGUGAAGGACAGGGUCUCUCACUGUGUGGACCUGGCCAAACUGCAGGAGCUGAUCCAGGAAGUCCAGAAAGACUUCACAAACACGUCUCAUGAUGGCAGGAUCCUGUUAAAGACAGUCACCUUUGACAAUAUCAAGAAGCACAAGAAGUACCACGGCUGUGUCCUGCACAAAAUCCUGGAUUUUUAUCGGGAAGUUCUCCAGAGACAAGACAGAAAUUAUCAUGACCUUGGUGGCGUGCUGGAUGAAGUGAAGGGAUGUAUUCACCCAGUAAAGAUCUGUGAAAAGCUGGACCAGGAAGCUGCUGGGAAGCCAGUGAACGAGUCUAAGAUAGAGGAAGACUUGGAGCUGCUGUCCAAGGACGCAGCCAUUAUGCAGCUGCAGAGACUGAAGGCCGCCAAUAAAAAGGUGGUUGAGCUGUCCGAGAGGGCGACUCUGGACAAGGCCAUGGAAGAGCUACGGGGCCUGGAGGACUACAUCCUGGGGAGGGGCCUCCGCAGGAGCUGAGGAAGUAAUCAGACCGCCAGGAACUACAUACACACACACACACACAAAUGCGUUACCGUGACUACAUUUACCGUCUUGAUGUCACGUUUACUGGCUUUAGCCUCUUGAGCUGUUUUUGCUAGUAGCCAUAUUCCCUUAAACAUGUUCUGACAUGUUCCAUGUUGUUUGUGUAUUUCACCAUCUACUUUGGAUUACUGUCAACAAUUUGAUUGACUUAGAAUUGUGUCCAAUAUUCAGUUGGGGAGAAUAUUUGCGUCCUCUGUUGCUGCUAGUAUUGAAUGUUCUGUUACUACUAGUACUACAUGUGUUGUUACUACUAGUACUACAGGUGUUGUUACUACUAGUACUACAGGUGUUGUUAC